GGCUUCAUUAAUAAGCACUGUGGCAUUUGUUUCGGAAUUCAUAUCAUUAAAUUAGAUCAGAGUAGUUAAACAGCCCACCGGUCCCAACUACAUCCUAAUUGCUUGUCUCAUUUUCUUCUCGCUCUAGGUCUCACUUCAUUCUCUCUAUAAAUCCAACCUGGAUGUCUAUAUUGCUUUGUAAUUGACCACUUAAAACUUAAAUCCUCUCUCAUGGCGGGAUUUUUGUCACUCCUCAGACGCCUAUACCUCACCGCCUAUAACUGGGCAGUCUUCGUUGGCUGGUCUCAGGUGUUGUUUCUUGCUGUCAAAACUUUGAAAGAAUCAGGUCAUGAAAAUGUCUAUGAUGCUGUUGAGAAGCCUCUGCUUCUUGCUCAAACCGCUGCGGUUUUGGAAAUUCUUCAUGGUCUAGUAGGCUUGGUGAGGUCUCCAAUAACAGCAACACUUCCACAGAUAGGUUCAAGAUUGUAUGUAACAUGGGCCAUCUUGUAUAGUUUCCCUGAGAUUCGAACUCAUUUUCUUGUUAGUUCUUUGGUUAUCAGUUGGUCAAUCACUGAGAUAAUUCGGUAUUCUUUCUUUGGUACAAAGGAGGCACUUGGUUUUGCACCUUCAUGGCUCUUGUGGCUCAGAUAUAGCACCUUUUUGUUGUUGUAUCCCACUGGUAUCAGCAGUGAAGUUGGUCUGAUAUAUUUUGCCUUGCCAUAUAUUAAGAAAUAUGAGAGGCACUGUAUAAGGUUACCAAAUAAAUGGAAUUUUUCUUUUGACGACUUCUAUGCUGCAAUUCUUGUUCUAGGAGUCUAUGUCCCAGGCAGCCCUCAUAUGUACAGCUACAUGCUUGGUCAGAGGAAGAAAGCUCUCUCAAAGUCAAAAAAGGAAUAGAAUGGAAGCAAAUUUUCUGAUGUGUUAUCUUUGGUUUAUUAGUAAUUUUAUCCAUGUAGUAAAGAAUUUUAUUUUUGAAAAGUUUUCUUGCUUUUAUCAGCUUCAUUUGGAUUGAUGUCAACAAGAAAACUUGGGCUUUGUUUGUGCCAUAGAAAUAACCUUCAUGUAGGUGUAGAAAAAUCUGGAGGAAACAUUUUUCUAAGAAAAUUACUUUUUAUUUUUUUGAAUAAUUCUAAGAAAAAAAAAACUUAUUUA